AUGCAUAUGUUAUCUGUUCUCAUAUAUAAAAAAAAAUUUUUGGUCAGAAGUAAAAUACAGCGUCAGAACCAGUGUUUGGUACAAAAAAGUGUGCAAGCAAUAGCGCUACAGAUUAAAGAAGACCAAGCCGCUUUCUAUAAGUUUGGAUUCUAUGGUGCUCAAGACACGCUCCUAGAUGUUGAUGGAAGAUAUUUCUUCAAAGGUUGCUUUAUCCAAGGGUUAGUAGAUUUCAUAUAUGGCAAUGGAAGAUUACUCACCAUGUAA